AUGAAUAAUGCGAAUACGGCUUAUGAUGACUUGCUAAUCUGUCAUGUAAACUGCCAGUCCAUUUUGGCACAUUUCGACGAGUUCGGUCACUUUUUUGCUAACUCUAACUACCACAUAAUAUGUAUGUCGGAAACUUGGCUCAAGCCUGUGGUUCCGGAUAACAUGGUAAUGCUACCAGGCUACACUCUGCACAGAUGUGAUAGAACGGAGAGACAGGGAGGGGGAGUGGCCUUCUUCUUGCACAAUACGCUGAGCGCCGCUAUUUUGGAGCAGUCGGUUGCCAUUGGAACUCUUCGCAGGCCAGAGUACAUAAUGGCAGAGAUCAACAUAAACCGUAGAUCCAAACUCUUGUUGGCUGUGAUCUACCGGCCUUCAAACUAUGGCUUUCUUCAAGAUUUUCAACAGCGCUUUAUUGACCUUCAGACGGGGUAUAGGCUCUCUAUCAUAAUGGGUGACUUUAAUGCUGACAUAAUGGUUGACUUACAUGACAGCUUGCAAUUGCGUGGAUUCAUUUCUUCAACUGGCAUGUAUUUGGUGCCAUUUGAGACCACGCAUCACCUGAAAAACUCCAGCACAUUUUUGGACCUCUGCAUCAUCGACGAUAAUAACAAGCUAGUCAAUUUUAACAAAUUUCCUGUUCCGUUUCUAUCGGCUCAAGAUCUUAUUCAAAUCUCUUAUGGCAUCAACAUCGAACGACGCGAACCUUUACUGUGCAGAGAUUUCCGAGGCUUUGAUGAACAAAAGUUUCUGGUGGAUGUGGAGAGCUGGAGUUGGUCAGACGUUGCGUCGUCUCACUGCAUCGAUGAAAAGGUAGAGAUCUUUAAUCAUGUACUAACCCAUUAUUACAAUGAGCAUGCACCUCUCAGGAGAAUAAGUUUUAAGAACCUGCCGUCGCCCUGGUUGACUAAUGAAAUUAAAGAGCUAAUGAGAGAGAGGGACAAACUCAGAAGAAUCUGGAGGAGGAAUAGGAACGAUGCAAGCUACUACAAUUUUAAGAUCCUGAGAAACCGAGUCCAGCACAUGAUUCAAAACGCCAAGAAAAUCUAUUACACAACUGCCUUUAAUCGGGAGGAAAAAACAGCUGCCAUCUGGAGCAGACUGAGACAUCUCGAUCUAAUAAAAGCAAAGAAAGUUGACAAGUCGCUUGCCUGUACUGCUGAAGAACUUAAUACAUUUUUUGGCGGUCAAGCAGUAACAGAGCCUGACGAGAUGAUUGUCCAGGAUCCGACAGAGGUUAGUUAUGAUGACAACAACUUCCACUUCGAGUAUGCUACUCCAAGCAUGAUUGCAAAAUCAUUCGCUUGA